CUGUGGGAACUCCCUUCGAAGGUCACACCGACGCUGUCAGAGGUCUAGCACUUCAUCCGACUGCACUUUCCUUGCCAGCUCUUCAGACGACAACACCGUCAAGCUCUGGGCCUUCGGGUCCCGCAAACUCCUCGCUUCCUUCAACGUUCAACGUCCCCAUGCCCUUGUCCUCUCACCCGACUCGCGCCAACUAGCUUACGUGACAUCCAGGGACUCCCAGCAUACUUACCUGAUGCCCAUUGACUAUGAAAUCCAUAUAUGCAACAUUCCACCCGACAUCCUUGCUCAGGCCCGUACCAGUGCACAAAACAAGUCAACCAUCACUGAUAUACUAAGAUCUGACGCAACUCGUCGUCGUCCUGCUGUGCACCACAGACCACCAAUACAUGCCAUACCUAUGUCGCAGAGACCACCGCCUGCAAUCAACCCUCAUCAACCCAUUUUGCUUCGCCUCCGAAAACUUCUUCCCUUCUCUUCUCGCGCAAACGCAGUUCUGGCCGUUCAAAACAAUCAGACUCGGGGUCCUCUAGAUUUCUCUGCUACAUCGCCCCUACCAUCCAAUUUCGCUCUCUUAGUGCAGCCCACAGCUCAUAUUGAAAGUUUCGAAAUAAGUUCUUCGCCUCCCCCCCUCGAACGGAGUCGCGCUAUUUAUGCGGUAGCACCUUUCUUUCCCCAUACCAAGGUAUAGAAAUGGGCCGCCAGUUAUUGAUGUCGCGGCUGGGCGGAAGUUCACUCGGCUAGCCGCUGCCA